AUGCCAGCGGGAUAUAAGCCGUCUCCUCUGGGCUACGGGUCUCCUCGAAGCUCUCCCUUCCGCCGACCAGAGUCCCCCUCGUCACCGACCGCGCUCCGCCAGAGCAGCCCGACGCCCUCGCCCACGAAAGUCGGCAGCCUGCAGACGCCCUCUCGAUUCGCGAGCAAUUCUACGUCGACGGGGGGCUCGGAGAGUUGGACGGCACGCAAGCACAGCCAAGCAGAUAUCGUGCUGCCCUCGCAGACUCUCGGCUCCCCGGUACACAUGACGACGGCACGCGCGCUGCCAACGCCGCCGCAGCAGCAGCAGACGAUCGGACAUGGAAAUGCGCUCACGCAGCUACAACCGGCGCAGGUGCGGGUGCUCAGGGACGGGUUCCAGAUCCUCGAUAGGGGCAGCGACGGGGUCGUCAAUAGAGAGGACGUGGCGGAGAUGCUCACACAGCUUGGCCUCCCCGCGAGCGCAUCCGACGUAUCCCAGUUCUUCCCGCCAGCCGGCCCGCAGACAAUGACACUAGCGGUGUUCCUGAACUCGAUCGCCACGACGCUGGCGGCCAUGUCGCCGAGCGCGGAGCUGCUCUCGGCCUUCUCGGCCUUCGACGACGACGACAGCGGGCAGGUGGACCUGGCGGAGCUGCGCGACGCGCUGCUGCACACGGCGCCGGAACCCGGCGAGCGCGCGCUGACGGCCGCCGAGGUCGACAAGAUCGUGGCCGGUUUCAGCGGCCGCCGCGCCUUCAGCAAGAGCAUGGCCAAUGGCGGGCUGGGCAAGCGCGGCGAGGUGUUCCGGUAUCAGGAUUUCGUCACGUCGAUUGUGGGCGGGAACGGGGCUUCGGAGCCGAGCUCGCAUGAGACCUCCGAGGAUUGA